AUGUCUGGGGCACAAUAUGCGGAGCGUGGGGGAGCCCUGCGCGCUGCUCAAACCAACCACUUUGACGCACCCGCCGAUCCUGUCUUCUUCCCUACAUCAUCUUCUCCCAGACACUUCCGCGUCCCUUCAGGCCACUUCGACCACGACUCGGGCUCCUCCAAGCUGGAUUUUUCACCCUCCGAUGCCGCUGCUCGCAAGGGCAUGCUCCAAGACAGCUUCUUCCCGACCUGGAGCAACGAUGCGACCGACGUCAAUCUAGACAGCCCGGAGGAGAUGCAGAAGAAUGACCCUCUAGCCACCCAGAUAUGGAAACUGUAUAGCAAGGCCAAAACCCAGUUGCCCAACGCGGAGCGCAUGGAAAAUCUGACCUGGCGAAUGAUGGCCAUGAGCAUGAAGCGCGCUGAGCUGGAUCGCAGAGGGUUCGGCCAUCAGCCUCAGGCCGACGCGAUGAAUCUGGACGAUUUUAUAUUCCCUUCGUCGGUUGCGUCGCCCGCGGGUUUAUCUCCGUCGCCGUCGAAUGAACGCACAGCCUCGUCCAAUACUACUGCACCGGGCAUACCGAUAAGGAAGACUAGCCAGAUGGGCGAUCAAAACCACCACCUCGCCCGCGCAUCAGCCCCAUCUGUUCCCCCAACCAUCUCGAGAGAGCACGACUUUGAAUACAUCCAACGGCACGUGCGCAAGACAAGUAUCGAUGAACGACGGCACCAGCCUCGCAAGCGACCAGCGGAGAACUCCCCACAGGUUCCCGCCGUUAACAGCAUCAUGAUACCCAAUGAGCCCGAAGCAGACGCGGCUCUCCAUCACUAUACCCUAGACCAGCCAAUGCAUCCCCCCACCUUCCAGCAUCACGGCUCUCAGCCACAGGUACCCUACUCUAUCGACAACUUCCAACUGCAAGACGAUCCCAUUAUUAGCUCCGCUGGCCCGUUCCAGCAGCAGUUCACCUUCUCUCCUGUUGGCUCGCCUAUGAUGGCCCAAGGUGGCCCAUACUCUGCCAUGUACAACCCUAAUUCAAUGGGCUCUUCACUAAAUUCCGCCGACUACUACUCCCCUCCUGGCUCCGCCUACCCAUCCACCGUGUCGACGCCGCAGCCAAUGGCCGAAGGCGAUGGCCAGAUGUACUUCGAUCGCACUGGCAUGGACAUUCGCCAACCACACGGUCUACCAAGCCAAUACGGACCGCAUCGACCCUCGGGUCUAUCCAACGCGAUGCAGCCACAGUACAUCUUCAACCCAAGCGGCGAGUCUAUCUUCAGUGCUGUCACCAGCGCUGCGCCGCCUACGCCAUUCUCGUCGGCUCCCGCCUUCCAUCAACCAAACCAUGUUGACCCGUCGCAAGUCCUUCACCAAGACUUCCCGUCGCGGUCGGAUACGCUCCAGAGCUCUCGGCAGGAUAACAUGUUUUCGUUCGGAGCUGAUUCUGACAACGAGGACGAUGAGGGUGGUGCAUUCCCCGACCGUACCAUGCCCAUGCAAGCCGAGUAUUCUCCCAUGGACGAAGGGCCGUUAGACUUUAGCAAUGGCUUCCAGUGGGAGACUAGUCUGUCGAACCAAUUCAACCCUGUCCCGGCUCGCUACCCGGCGGGGCCCCCACGCAAGCAGGUUACCAUUGGGCCAACGGAAAUGGUGCCUUCACCGCAAGAUCAUUGGAGCCCGGGAGGCAGCCUUGGCCGUACACAUGGCUCUGCCGCGUCAGUCAGCGACAUCCGCAAUCGUGGCAACGACCCUAGACGGCAGAAAAUACCCCGCACCAGUUCCACUCCUAACACUGCCGGCCUCGCGCACCCGCAAGCAAUGCAUGGCCGGCCGCAGUCAUCGCCGAGCUCACCACCAGAAUCCGGCUUCAGUUCCGCGGCACCUUCGCGGCCUACCAGUCCGGGUGGAACCAAACAGGGUGACCAGAACGGGGUGCCGACGACGUGCACGAAUUGCUUCACCCAGACUACCCCGUUAUGGCGGCGAAACCCCGAAGGGCAUCCCCUGUGCAAUGCGUGCGGUUUGUUCUUGAAGCUGCAUGGUGUUGUGCGGCCACUAUCGUUGAAGACGGAUGUCAUCAAGAAGCGUAAUAGAGGAAGCGGCAAUACCGUCCCCGUCGGCACAGCAUCAACACGCUCGUCCAAGAAGGCAUCGCGCAAAAACUCCCUUGCACAGACGCCGGUCACCACUCCCACAUCUGCAAAAGCUAGUGGCGGUGAUUCAGAGUCGCCCAAGUCUACAGGGUCUGUCAGCGGCGGAAACUCGGCUCCAAAUGCCUUAGGCAUGUCUGGUGGCGCCGCAGGAGUCAACAAGAGUGGCGUGGUCCCAAUCGCCCCAGGGCCGCCGAAACAGCAGAGCGCCGGGUCAGGUUCUAACCAAAACCGCAGUGGCAAUGCUCCUCCAAAGCGGGCACGUCGGCCAAGCAAGUCUGGCAUGAUGGAAUUCGAGAUGGGCGACGCCGACGACACCAGUGGAAAGGCACUGGCACCGCCGACGGCGCGGAAGAAGGAGCCGGCGCCAAUGAUCCCGCCCGGUAUGGGCUCCCAGAACAUGGGCAGUCUGCCGAUGGGUGCUAUGGGACAGGGUCUCGCAGCAGGAGUCAGCGGGCCCCAGGAAUGGGAAUGGCUCACAAUGAGCUUGUGA